AUAUUCAAUAAACGUAUACAACUAGUAACCAUCAUACCAACCCCCAUUCGGCAUCGGGAAUGCGUCGAUUCGUCGUCAUAUAGCUCCACUGUUUUAGAAUCCAUGGCCAUUUGUAUCUGGUGGGUCUAAACAUCCGCUACCAAGAUGUAGAUAAACUGGCAAACAAAUGGCGUUGUGGUGCUUCUCAGUCCAACCACACAGACCACAAGGAUUGAUUGUUGCGAGAUGCACAAGUUUGCACGUAGUAUAUAAAGUGUUCCAAUUGGCGCAGUAGGUCAGUUAGAGGUUGAGAUUAGAAGCGAUCUAAACAAGCGGUGCCGUCGUUACACUGUUUGCAAGAUGACUGAUAACAAUACACUGUUUCGUGGUUUGAUGCAGAAACCGUACGAACCCACGUUUGUGCCGAAGGCGGACGGGAAGCUGUACUACGAUCUGCCGGAUGCGUACCUAACCGACCAAUACCGCCCGUACGGAGCGACGAUCCAGAAUCGGUUCGGCACGAACGCGGAAAGGCGUGUACCGUUUCCGAACAUUACACCACCGAACCUAUCGUUUGCGGACGUCGUCACUCGUCGGGGUGUGUUUUCCGUAUUCAAUGGUGCCCAUAGGCGUGCGGCUGGGGAGCUGAUCCAGCUGUUCCUCGAUCAGCCCGAUCCGACCCAGCUCAGUGCGAUGGCGGCGUACGUGCGUGAUCGUAUCAAUGCGCCGAUGUAUCAGUAUGCGCUCGCGAUCGCACUAAUGCACCGGGACGAUACGCGGGACGUAGAGAUACCGAGCUUUUUGGAGCUGUUCCCCGACCGUUUCGUCGAUCCGGGUGUAUUUCCGAGGCUGCGCGAAGAAAGCAAUCUGAUGGAUCGAGGCAACCGGCGGGCAAUAGACAUCCCGUCGAACUAUACCGCGUCCGAUCGGAUUGACGAGCAGCGGGUGGCGUACUGGCGGGAGGAUAUCGGUGUUAGCUUGCACCAUUGGCACUGGCAUCUGGUGUAUCCGGCGACGGGUCCAGAUCGGGUGGUGCGCAAGGAUCGCCGGGGCGAGCUGUUUUACCAUAUGCACCAGCAAACGAUUGCACGGUACAAUAUCGAGCGGUUCGCGAAUGGAUUACCGCGCACCCAGUCGUUCAGUCAGCUGCGGGACAGCAUCCCCGAGGCGUACUUCCCGAAGAUUGUGCGAAGUUCCGAUGGGAGAGCGUACUCCUCGCGCUAUCCCAAUCAGGUGUUCAGGGACGUGAAUCGGGUUGAGGAUCAAUCUACGGUGCGUUUGGCAGAUAUGGACCUUUGGAUAAAGCGUAUCUUUGAAGCGAUCGAUAGUGGAUUCGCACAAGCGACGAAUGGAGAUCGCAUCCCGCUCGACAACAAUAAGGGAAUCGACAUUCUUGGCGAUAUGCUUGAGGCGAGCACAAUUUCAGUGAACUUCGACUACUACGGAGACUAUCAUCAGAACGGGCACGUCAUGGCAGGAUACAUACACGAUCCGGACAACUCGUACUUGGAAGGCGUUGGCGUGAUGGGCGAUCUGACGACAACCAUGCGCGAUCCACUGUUCUACCGCUGGCAUCAGCACAUAGACGAUAUCUUCGUGCGCCACAAGCAGCGUCUUCCGGCGUACACUGGCGCUGAGCUUUCGUACAACGACAUCACGGUCGAUUCGUUCGAGGUGCAGCUGAACAAAGCGAACGCACCGAAGAAUGUUUUGCUCACGUUCUGGCAACGGUCCCAGUUUGAUCUCGGCACCGGGUUAGACUUCGUGCCGGAGGGAAAUCUUUUCGUGACGUUCACGCACAUCCAGCACGCACCGUUUAGCUAUCGAAUUCAGGCCAACAAUAACAGUGGCAGUAAUCGGCGCGGCACUGUCCGCUUGUUCCUGGGACCGAAAGUGAACGAACGGGGUCAGACGUUGCCGUUCCGCGAUCAGCGCCGUCACAUGGUGGAGCUGGAUAAGUUUACGGUGGAUUUACGCCCGGGGCAAAACUCCAUCGUAAGACGGUCGGAUCAGUCGAAUCUUACUAUCCCGUACGAGCGAACAUUCCGUAACAUAGCCGCCUCAAGCCAGCCGGGUACGCAAGUGUUCCAGUUUUGUAACUGUGGAUGGCCAUCGCACAUGCUGCUACCGAAGGGAUCGGCAAGCGGUCUGGAGUAUGACUUCUUCGUCAUGAUUUCCAACUACAACCAGGAUCGUGUGGAAGAAUUUAAUGAGAACGAUAAUUGCAACGAUGCGCACUUGUUUUGCGGUUUGCGCGAUCGACGCUAUCCCGACGCCCGGAGCAUGGGCUAUCCGUUCGACCGCUUUACGGCGAGCUCCGUGGGAAGCUUGCAGGAAUUUGUGCGCCCAUAUCGAAACAUGGCUGUAACGCCGGUUUCGAUCCGUUUCACAAACACCGUAAUAGCGCGCACUUGAGUCAAUGCAAAUGGGGAAAAAAGGGGGGGCCAACAUUAGGAACUAAGAGCAAUAUAAUAAAGGAACGAUAUCUAAAUGGGCGAAGUAAUGCAACUGUUCGAGUUAUCGACACUGCUAGAACGUCCAAAUUCUCGCUA